AUGAAUCUGGCGAGCUCGAGACUGCUGCUUCCUCGUUCGCUUCGACACAGCUCUCCGCUAUCCUAUUACUCUUGUUCUUCGUCUCGCCGGCUGCUGUCAACGACUCCGGUUGCUGCUCCAGAUGGAUACACGGCCUCUAACGAUGAGGUUGCCCGACUGGCUACAAACCCAUUGAAGCCAUUGACACUCCGAGAUCUCGUCCGCUUCGGCCGCCCACCUCUCUCCCCGCAGGCCCUGCUAGCCUCUGCCCGCUUCACCCGCGAAUUCCUGCCCAUCCGCCUCUGCCGGCGUAUCGUGGCCCUACGCAAUCUUCCCUUCAUCAUCGUCUCCAACCCGCACGUGGCCAGCAUCUACGACAACUACCAGCAAUCACUGCGAAUCGUGCAGUCCUUCCCCGUCUCACACCCCAACACCCUCGCCGAGGAGGUGGCCUUCACAGAGAUGCUCAUCGACAUUGUCAAGACACAUGCAAAUACCAUCCCCACCCUCGCCCGCGGCUUCCUCGAGUGCCGCCGCUACAUCUCCCCCGCAGAGGCAACAAAGUUCCUCGACCACCACCUCCGCGCCCGCAUCGGCACCCGCCUCAUGGCCGAACAGCACAUCGCCCUCCACCUCGCCUCGACCACCAGCAGCGUAACAAACAACUCCCCCAUUGACUACGACGGCGGCAGCGACACCUACAUCGGCACGAUCGACACGGCCCUGCAGCCCGCCCACAUCAUCGAGAGCUGCGCCUCCUUCGUCGGCGACAUCUGCGAGCUGCGCUACGGCGUGCGCCCGCAGCUCCGCAUCGACGGCGACCCCGAGGUCCGCUUCCCCUACAUCCCCGUGCAUCUCGAGUACAUCAUCACGGAGCUGCUCAAGAACGCGUUCCGCGCCACGGUCGAGGCUGGGUCAACGGUGCCCAUCAUUGUCACGAUCGCCGCGGCGCCCGAGUCGGCUGGCAUCACGAUCCGUAUCCGCGACCAAGGCGGCGGGAUCGCCCCAGAGGAUAUCGGCCAGAUUUGGAGCUACUCGUUCUCGACGUUUGAUCAGGAGCGGAGCGUCGCUGGUGGGGGCAAUGGCGGCGGGACGAGGGAUCCGGCGGGGGAUGAUGCGCUGGGGAGGUUUAAUGAGGUUGUGGGCGCGGCGGAGGGGAGUAGUAUUGCGGGGUUGGGGUAUGGGCUGCCGCUGAGUAGGGCGUAUGCGGAGUAUUUUGGGGGCAGCUUGAAGGUGCAGAGUGCGUUUGGGUGGGGCACGGAUGUGUACCUCAAGCUCAAGGGCGUGGGGAUUGGUGAUUUUGGGGGACCAGGGAUGGAAGGGUUGAGUGGGCAUCAUGAUGAUAUUUGA